AUGGCUACUACUUCUUCUAUAGCGAGUGAUGUCGCAUUGAAAUCAUGUGAAAUUGAAAGCUGCCACCGUAUCUCGGCUACACUAUGUCGUCACUGCAACAAAAAUGUCUGUCGACGUCACUUCGAUGAACAUGCAGAUCAGCUCUUGCAAGAGCUGAAUCCUUUAGUCGAUAGUUUUAAUGAAUUGGGUCAGAAAAUUAGCGCUUUUUGUGUAAAAGAGUAUAAACAAAAGGCAUUUGACAAAUUAAUGCAAUGGCGUGAUGAAGCUGUACAAAAUAUUAAUGACUUAUAUGAAUUAAAAAAGCAAAAGUUCGAUCUUCUGCUACAAGAUAAUGAGAAGAUCUUUUCGCAACGGACAAUUAGUCACUCAGAAGUAGUUGAUACAUUAAAGAACGAAACUGCAGCUCUUGUUAAAGAAGGUGAUGUUACAUUCGAACAGUUGCAGAUAUUAAAACGAAAACUGUAUGCAUUAGACGAUAGUGUUAAUCAGACACAUAGCAGCUUAGUCUAUUGUGACAUAAAACCGUUAUUGGUUGAUUAUACAUUGGUUCUCUUACACUCUGAAGCAAAUAAUUAUAUGCGUGGAGGUACGCUUCUGUGUGCUGACUAUCAGAUGAAAUUGAAUGACUUUUAUGGUAAUGCCAAACAAAAAUGGGAACUGAUCUACAAAGCAACACUAGAUGGUUUUCGUGCACAAGACUUUCAUCGCUGUUGCGAUAGCAAGGGACCCACAAUGACUAUUAUACAGGGCAAAAAUGAUAACUAUUUAUUUGGAGGUUAUGCAGAAAUAUCUUGGGAUUGUGACAAUUACUAUAAAAUGGAUCCGGCCGCAUUUCUGUUCACUCUGACAAACCCACAUGGCAUACAACCGACUAAAUUUUUUAGAAAUUCAAAUGAAAAUUAUUCUGUUGUUCAUUCAAAGGCACGUGGCCCCGGUUUUGGCGGAGUUGUGAAAGACAAAAGACAUUUCAUUGACAUUCAAAUAUAUACUAAUGCGAACGAAAAUCAAGACUCGAAUUGUUCAUUUCCCUCAACCUAUAUUGAUACUACUGGUAUGGGUGAAAUUCUUUUUACCGGAACAAAGAACUUCAUGGUGGAAGAGAUUGAAGUGUAUAAACGUUUGGGUGGGAUGGGUGAGGGUAAGGGUGAUGGUGAAAGCGAGGCUGAUGGUGGCGAUGGCGGUGAGGGUGACAGGGGUGAUGUUGAUGAUGACGAAGAAUAG